UUGAAUUGCUUUAUACAAAGAUAAGUGGAGAGCCCAUUUCUUAGCAAUUAAGAAAAUGCUUUUGAUCAUUCAAUCUCCAUUUUCAAUCCCAAUUCAAACACAAACAUUUGUCACCCUUUUCUACAAUCUCUCUUCCUCCUUCUUCCUCAUCUUCAUCUUCUUCCACUUCACCUCCAUUUUUCUUGCUAAAUUGUUCAUCUUCUUCGGCGGCAAUCCCUUCUUCCAAAGGAAUCAAGACGGUUACGAAUUCGCCGCCUUAUCCGACGAGGAAGUUGAAGAAGAAGAAGAAGAAAAUGACUACUACGCUGUUAAGCCGGUCGCGUUCGUGAAUCAACACGCAACUUUCGAUGAAGAGGUUUCCGUUGGCGAUGGCGAUAGUGACGAAAGUGGGUACGCGACAGCAGCUUCCGAAGCUUCUACAUAUCCCGACGAUGAUGACGACGAUGAUGAAGAGGAAGAGGAAGAGGAAGAGGAAGAGGAAGAGGAGAUCAUUGCAAGAGAUACGGAUUCUUCAUCGUACGAUUCCGAAACAAACGAAACCGGUCCCACUUCAGGAUUCAGAGAUACAAGCUUCAUGCCUAGUAAUAAUGACAUUAAUCAUAUUCAUCAAGUUCCGGCGGCGGUGGCGGCGAGUGAUUUGAGGGAAGAGGAGAAAUAUCUGGUGUUCCAGCCGGCGGCAGCCGAGAUAGGGAAGAAGUUAGUGAGAGAAGACGAUGAGAGGGAGAUGUUCGGCGACAGUUUCACCAUCGGAUCGACGUCGAAAGACUCUUCCGAGUGGAGGAGCUCGAUCCACUGCCGCGACUCCGCCACCGAAGACCCCUUCUCCUCCUCGUCGAGGCGGAGCUGCCCCAAGUGGGAAUCCUACGCCGUUUUCCAUAAAUACGACGAGGAAAUGCUCUUCCUCGACAGAAUCUCCGCCCAAAAACUCUCGGAAACAGAGUCGUUGAGGUCGAUCCAGGCGUGCCCGAGAUCGAUAUCGGAGAGGAUCGCGCACAAGAUACGGACAAGGAGCCAGAGAUCGACGGAAUAUCGACAGAAUCCGUAUCGCGAGUUGGAAUCUGCUUACGUGGCGCAGAUAUGCCUGACGUGGGAGGCUCUCAACUGGAACUACAGCUACUUCCAGCGGCUCCGGGCGUCGCGGCGCGAGUUUGACCCCGGAUGCCCCGCCUACGUGGCGCAGCAGUUCCAGCAGUUCCAGGUGCUGCUCCAGCGCUACGUCGAGAAUGAGCCCUACGAGCACGGACGCCGCCCUGACAUCUACGCCCGGAUGAGGAGUCUGGCGCCAAAACUCCUGCAAGUUCCUGAAUAUCGAGAUUCUGAGGAUCCCGAGAAGAAAGAAGAGGGGUCGGGAUCGAGAAUCCCAUCGGGUUCGUUUCUUCAGAUGAUGAAGGAAUCGAUAAGAACAUUCAUGGAUUUCCUCAAACAAGACAAGAAGAAUCAUUACCAAAUCCUGGCGGAUUUGUUCAAGCGAAACAGAAAGGGAUCCGCGGAUGCAACCCUCCUCCUCUUGCUCAAGAAAGUGAACAAAAAGAAAAAGGCGAAGCUGCAGGAGCUGAGGAGGUCGGGGAAGUGCCUGAGGAAGAGGAAGUUAAAGGCGGAGGAGGAGAUAGCGAUAUUGAUGGCUCAAAUCGAUCUCAAAAUCGUGUCGAGGGUGCUGAGGAUGGGGGUGUUGAAUGGUGACCAGUUGCAUUGGUGUGAAAACAAGAUGACUAAAGUUAGAGUCUCAGAUGGGAAACUGCAGAGAGAUUCCUCCCCACUUUUCUUCCCAGCUCAUUGAAUUAAUUAAUAAAGCAAGAUUUCAUGACUAGAUGCUGAAUCUGAAUGCAUCACUUUCCCAUGCAUAUACUUAACCUAACACAUAUCCCUCCCACUAGAUAUAUACACCCCAUCACUUUUCAUAUGUAUGAUUCACCACCAAGAUUCUUUAUUCUAUAAUAGGAGUGAAUGCAUGUGGUGGUGGGGUGGAUAAAGGGUUUGAUGAGGAAGGAAAGAAUGAAGAUGGGAUUGAGACAAUGUUAGCUUUAGUGGCUUUACCUUUUUAUGGGAGGAGUUAUCUAUUUAAUUGAGGGAUAAAAGCAAGGCUGCAAAAUUGAUGCUGAUUGCAGAGCAAAAUGAAAUGGUGGGGGCAUUUCUGCAGAUUAAAGCAACAAGGAUCUUAGCUAGUUUAUUUGUUUUUUAGGAAAUGAUAAGUCAUAUGUAUGACGUGUAGAUUGUACUUUAUGGUAAUAUACUUUUGUCGGAAUAAUAAUGAGUUUCGAAAUAUUUUUGUA